AUGGCUCAACCCGUUCCACCACCAAACGCCAAGAUCGUCUUCAAGCUUCCCAAGGAUGGCGACCAGAAAAAAGCGACCAACGCCAUGGCACCAUCCGUUCUCCCAGGAGCACGACCAACCGCUGCCAAGCAGUUGAGUCGAAUGGCAGCGGUGUAUCCUACUCUCUAUGUCCCACCUGGAGUCAUCCAUCCUACUCUCUAUGUCCCACCCGGAGUCAUCCAAGCCCAACAGAAGCCGGAAAAGAAGUGGAUUCGAUUUAAUGGACGAUUAUGUCGAUUGCAUUAA